CCGCCCCGCUUCCCUCAGUCCUUUAGCCGCGCAGCGCCUCACCAGAAUGGCGGCUCUUUUGGAAUCUCUUCUGCUGAAGAAAGCGGAUGUUAAUACGGUCUUGGACUGGCUGAAGAAUGUUGAGGAAGUUGAGAGGCUGGCAUUGGGUGAACCCGGGGUGGCCGUUCACAAACAAGAAUUUGUCCCAUUUCUUUUAAACUUUCUGAGAGAGCAGAGCAGCCGAGCACUAACUCAUGGCCCUGCAACGCCGGCCAAGACCCCCAGCUGCCCCAGACCUGCUGCACAGACGCAGGGCUUCACUGACCGGAGAGGUUGCAGGUCUGCUGGUGGCGGAGCUGGUUCCCGGAGUGCCAGCCGGGUCCAGCUGUUUUCUCCUGCCUCCUCUGUCUCACCUGGAUCAGAGUGGGAUGCUUCUGGUCAGUCGGGGUCCCACUGUCUGAGUGGGGUCAAUGCCUUCAGCAGUCCCUCGUUUACUUCAGCAUGGAACACCUCCUCCAGGCCUUCAGGCUCUGAGCGCCGCUCUGGCCAUAGGAUCAGUCUGGGGGACUACAUAAUUUCUCCUUCUGAUCUCCAGCAGAGUCCCACUGUCCAGUCACAGAAGGGCCGCAGGAGAGGCGGUGGCAGCCUGACAGUGGGGGGACAAGGGAAACACGGAGGAGGGCGUGGAGGACAUCAGAGUGAUGAGAUUGGACGGUGGGAGAGUGGGGGGAGGAGGUCAGGUAGAGGAGGAAACAGUAAGAUAAGCCAACAGGUUUCACCUCCAUCUGUGGACCAGCUCAACUUCAGCAACUUGGAGGACUUCCCUCCUGUUGGGUCAUCACCCAUUUCACCCGCGGCAUCCAAACCAUCUAGAAGAAUAAACCCAACACCAGUCGGUGCUGAGCGGCCACACUCCAAACCAAAGACCUGCUUCACCUCCACCCCAUUCAGUAAACCCUCUACUCCCCCGUUAGUUGCAGAGGCUCUUGAGGGGUCAGUGACAGUAGGCAGUCCUCUGAGUCUGCAGGAAGAGAGGGAGCUACUAAAGAGGGAAAAGACAAAGCGUGCCCAGCAGAUUGGCUCUCCUCUGCCGUCCUCUCUGGACCCUUGCACCCCUACCAAGACUGGGCCUAGGGCGGGGUCUAAAGUUACACCAGAUCUGCAGACACCCUGUCCAGAACCAUCCAAAGUCACCUUCUCUUUGGAACUGGAUCUCCUGGCAGACCUGUACUGUACCUGCAUUUCUGAAAACCUGGUGCCAAACAUUUUCCUGGAGCUUUUCUUUGUGAUGCAGUUGCUAACGUGUCAGUCUCCUCACACUCGUGAUGCUGAUGAACAGGAAAGUUUGUGUGCAGUGAAUUCAGAUGUUCUGGAGAGAUGUUACCUGAGACAAGUACACAACUGUGUGUAUUUUGCAGUGAAAGUUCUGGAGAAUCAGUUUCAGUUAGUAACUCAUUUGGACAAGUGUACCUUGCGUCUGCUGGCAGAGAAUGAAAGGGUGGCGUCUUUCUCUCCGGAUCUCAGGGACCGUCUGACUCAGGCCCAGGACACAAGCACAGCCAGGCUCUCUCCUUCAGUCUCCACUUUCAUCCACUCAGUCUCAUUCCAGCCUUCUACUGACAAUCGGUCCAACUUUGGUAGUGACAAGGCUUUCCACACCUUUAAAAAACAGAGAGAUAUUUUUUAUGAGGUGUUACGAGAAUGGGAGGACUUUCACAAGGAACCGGGCUGGCACUUUGACACUGCUCUUGGAAGUAGGAUAAGAGGAAUGAUGGGUCAGUUGACCUCUGCAGGAAACCAUUCCCAUUUUGCCCGUCUGUUUCUGAAGCAGCUUGUUCAGAUGUGUAAAGGCCCACGUGUGAACAGCUCUCCUGCGGAGACUCCUGAUGCUGACCUGCUAGGCAUGCUUGGAGCUGACAGCCUGGGGCGCUUAAAGCGUCUUGAGGAGCGUCUCAUUCAACCUCAUGGAGUCGUUGGCCCUUGCCCUCCUCCAUCCUUCCCUGGUCACCAGGAGUUCUUCAGGGACUUCCUGCAGACUGCUAGCUGCUGCCAUCUCAACCAGCACUUGCAGGACAGCCUGUGUCAGCAGCUUCUCCAGCUGGAUGAGGUGUCCAUACAGAGCCCUCCUGCUACUAUCGGGGAGGGAGAGGAGGAGGGAGAUGGGGACAUGGAGCAGCAGGAUGAGAAGCAGCGGUUCACCUCAGUGCUGCUCCUCGCUCGUCUUCUGGCUAAGUUUCUGGGAUUCAUUUCCUUUCUGCCUUACCAAACAUCUGAAAGACCAUCGAGGGAGAUACAGGAGACUGCUAUUGCCAUGCGCAGCAAGUGUGUUCCAGUGCUGGAUGUGUGUGCUGUGCUGAGUAACAGUAUGAAAAGGAGGCGCACCAUCCUGACUGUGCCCUGGCUGGUGGAGUUCCUCUCCAUGCUGGACUGUAUUGGUCCUCUGCUGCUCAGCUAUAGAACUGCACUGGGCACAUUGCUCCUCCUGUACAGGAGAAUGCUGCUGGGCAGAUGUGAAGAAAUGUGUUACCUGAACAAGUUACUAAUGGUGUCUGUGUUGGGCUGGCUGUUCCAGAUCCCAGUGAUUCCCGAGGACAUAUUCUUCACCACUGAGUUCACCGAAGUGGCCAGGCUGGAGGACAGCAGCACGACUGCCGCAGGGCUUGACUGCAUUCCCCUGGUGGAUCAGCAGCUUCUCUAUACAUGUUGUCCGUUUCUUGGUGAGUUCCGUAAGCUCCUAGCCGCCUUUGUAUCUGGAAGCACAGCCAAGAGUGGAGGAAUUAUCCGCAAGAUCACUCCCACUUCUGCUGAGCUCAGGGAUACGCCAACUGCCAACAGGUCGCAGCAGAAACUGCAGGUGGACCUCGAGCAGGCCUUCUUUCACAACCAGCCUCCGUCGCUGCGCCGCACCGUGGAGUUUGUAGCUGAGAGAGUUGGAUCCAACGCCGUCAAGCAUAUGAAAGCCACAUUGGUGAGUGAGUUGGUGGAGCGAGGUGAGAAGAUGCUGAGAGACGGGCUCGAGUCACCAAACUCAAAUCCUUCUAAAUUAAAUGACUCCAUCUGCGCUCAGCUGUGUGUCGCAGGAUUGGAGGCCCUGGCAAGAGCCACCAGAUUUUGCUGUGAGAAGAGUCCCGAGGCCAUACGAAUUCUGCUCCCCGACGAGACCUCCCCUGCUGUCCUGGCCACAUCUGAAAAUAUUACCAAACGUCUUGCAACAGAAAAGGCCUGCAGCUGGCUCUCCGCCAACAUCACAGCACUGAUAAGACGAGAGUGGAAGAACAAAUAUGAUCGUGUGAUUAAGGCUGUGGGUAGCUCUGUGGCUCCAGACUCGGGGGAUGUGGAGGGGGCUGUGGCUGAGCUGGUCACCCAGGAGCAGUCGACCACUCCCAAGAGGAAACAAGGAAGUCAGAGAGCGACAUCCUGCCCUCCACACUGCAACCACAAUGCUUCACUGCCCUCCGACAUCCUUGUUGAGAUGAAGGAAUUGCUGAGCAUUGCUGUAGGUCCCAGGACUGAUGAGGAGCUGCCGACUGGCUCUCAGAUCAAAAUGCUGCUGCAGAGAGUGGGAGACACACUGGCCUGCAGAAAGUUCUCAACUGUGGUGUCAGAACAGAUGCUACUGAACUCUACUGUUCUACUGGCCUGCAAACUGGUGUCUGCAGAGCUGCCAGUAAUGUCUCUGACUGGGUGCAGCGGAGGUGAUGGGGUUGUUGUAGGUCCCGGUUCAGGGUCAGAACCUCCUGUCAGAGCGCUGCUGGAGCAGCUUGCUGAGCUGUGGGAAGGGGACUGCUGUUCCUCCGCCCCCCUCCACCUGCUCUUCACCCCACUCACUGUCACUGCUGUGCUGAAGGCCAGCGACACUGAGUGGAACAACUACCUGUUCCUGGUUAGAAAGCUGGUUGACAGAGGAGUCCUGAGCGAGGAGGAGGUCAUAUCUCAUUGGAAGAAGCUAACAAACUUGGCCUUGCCAGCGGAGCUGAUAGAGAAUUUUCAGUUGCAGUCACAGAGUAUUAAUCCUCCAUUGCCUGUGGCUGAGUUGCAAAGCUGCAUGGACAUGCUGCAGGUCUCACAACAGACAGUAGAGGGCGCUACAUGACAACAACAAGAAUACUGGAAUACUCCGUAUCCCACGCAUCUUAUGUGAUCACCAUUGGGUUUUAUGUCACAUCAGUCAGUGUGUUGGCAUUAGAAAGACACUUCUGGGUGAUUUUGUUGUUUUUCGAGUUUGUUGUUUUUCGCGUUGACACCGCACAGCCCAUCAAAGCCUUUCGACAGUCAGCCUCUGCACAGGCGUUUGUGAGCUUCAGACUUUUGUUCUCCACCUGUGAAGUGACAGCAGCCUUUCAUGAAUCCCUCUGCUCUUUUGCUAUGGCGCCAUAGAGAACCAGAAAGCCCUGACAGUCAGAAGUAUCUAGGGACCACACUUUAGAUCUGUUGAACUUCAAUGCAAGCAAACUUGGUAGAUGAUUGUGUCUGACGGGAAAUACUAGUAGAUCAAGCAUUUUAAACAGUCAAGACCAUAGCAGAGAAUUAGCAAAGACAGAAAAAGGGUCGGCAUCAAAAUGGGCAUUUGUAUGUUUUUGCAGCCAAGGACACAAACUGAUUAAGUGUGACCCUAAAGACUCAUUAAAACAUAAAACAAUGGUCCCAGUUUUUUAAAUGUAUGGUUUCAUCAAACAAGCCAAACUUGUUAAGACUGCUUCCAAAAAUGGACAAAAAGUUUGUUUUUGUUGUUGGAUUUUAGACCCACCGGAGAAAAUAAAUGUCUUAAUUUUAAUAUAGCACUUUCACACACUGCCUUUGACCGCCAUUACUAGUGUUUAUUUCAUGAAUGCAAGACUGUAUUUGUGACUGCUUUUGUUCAUGUUGAACGAGCACUGUAUUCCUUGCUGCUUUUAAAACUGAAAUAUUUUUUUAAAAAUCUUGUCACAAUGUUAAAAAUACAAAACAAUAAAGAUGUAUUCUGAAGUGUU